AGAGAGUGUGUGUGGCAAAUAGUCAAGGUGGACUGUUCUGCCUCCGGACUGUGUUUGGGAUGUGACAAACGAGAAAAGCGUGUUGGGAUUUCUGGUACUUAUUUGCGUGAGACUGGAUUCCAUGGCAUACAGGUUUGCACACUUGCUUUCCGUGGAAGAAAUUGGUUCGCAACGCCUAGGUGCGUGUCAACUUGGCGGACUUCCCCUGACCGUAAAACUUGCCUCAUCUUGGUUAUUGUCGUGGAUCAUUGUGUGGCUGGUCCUGAUUGUCCUGCAUGGACUGAGAGUUACUGUUGCGAAAGCGCGGUCAAUCAGUCUCGGGCCGGCCAUGCCUGCACAACAACUUGAAAAAUUGGACCAAGUAUGUAUCAUAUGGCGCUGCAUACAUGCUAGUUACGUAGUUGUGUCUUCCUUCCCUCGAAAGCCUGUGGCUUGGCCAUCGGCCAACCUCUGUAUCACAUCAAGUGCGAACAGGACACUAUUCUCAUCUGGUCGAAGAUACCCAAUUGUGGCGAAUAGACGCCAGUGGGGGGAUUCGGUGCGUGGGUUCAAGCGCGACUGCUUGUCAUCCAUAGCGUGUGCAACACGUCAAUUUUUCUCCCGCUGACCGAGGCGCGUAGCUUUCUUGGUGCUAAGUGGCGGGGGAUUCCCCGACAAAAGGGACCGUUUUCAUCAGAGUGGCGUCGCUGUGGUUUGUGAAUGCCGCAGUGCUAAUCAUCAGCAUGUUUGGCCCAUAGCUCCGGGGGGCGUCGGGUGAACGGGCAAUCGAAAAAAUGCUUGACCCAGUGGAUACGUUCGCCUUGGGUAUUCCGGCUUUUUCGAUGUCUGUUCCAUCACGUAUCCACAGUCAUUUGAUACCC